UUGGCUAAAAGGGGGAAUCAGCAAAAAGUACUUCUGCUGGCUACAACUCUGACCCUUUGACUGCUCAAGAACCUGGAUGAAUGAAGAUCUUCAUUGGCGCUCAUCUCCACUCGUAAAGAACAUGAAUGCUAUAAAGGAAGAGGAUAUCUAUGACUUUCUACCAGAGCAUUUGUCUACAGACAUGAAAGGUAGUGGUACUUGCACACCAACUUGCAAGGAAGAACCAUGUUUGUCGCAUGAAAUUAAAGGAGAGAAGUUUCAAGUCAUGCCAUUUAGUGGUCAUGAGAGCACUUCUACAAUUCAGCCAUCAACUCCAUCACAACAGGGAAUGUCUAUGAAGCUGAUUAAAGAGGAAGACAUUUAUGAUUUCCUCCCAGAAUAUGUGUACAGAACUAAGGAGGAAGAGAAUGAAACUGACACAGCGGACGUGAAAGAAGAAGCCCUGGAUUUGAAAAGGGAAUCAGAGUCUUCUCGAAUGGAACACAAUGCACACAUGGCUCCAACAGGUAAACACCAGACAGCUCAUAAUAACACAGACCAACACAAAUGUCCCACAUGUGGGAAAGCAUUUGCACGAAAGUCUACUCUCAACCGGCAUCAGAUGAUCCAUACUGGGGAAAGGCCUUACCAAUGUGCCACAUGUGGAAAAGACUUUAAAGAGAAAAGUUCCCUCAUCAUCCAUCAGAGAAUCCAUACUGGAGAAAGGCCUUACCAGUGUGCCACAUGUGGAAAAGCCUUUAAAGGGAAAGGUUCCCUCAUCAUCCAUCAGAGAAUCCAUACUGGGGAAAAACCAUUUCAGUGUUCAGCAUGUGGUGCAGCCUUUUCACAAGGCAGCUCUUUAGCUUAUCAUCAGAUAAGCCAUACUGGAGAAAGCUCUCACCAGUGUGAUAAAUGUGGAAAAGGCUUUAAAAGGAAAAGUCAUCUCAUCACUCAUCAGAGGAUCCACACUGGAGAAAGGCCUUACCAGUGUACUACAUGUGGAAAAGGCUUUAUACAGAAACAUCACCUUACCAAUCAUCAGAGAAAACAUGCUGGGGAAAGGCCUUACCAGUGCACUACAUGUGGAAAAGGAUUUAGACAGAAAUCUGACCUUAUCACGCAUCAGAAAACCCAUACUGGAAAAAAGACUUAGCAUUGUGCCAUGUGGGAAAGGUUUUGCAUGUAAAUGUACCCUCAACAUUGAUCAGAAAAUGUGUGUGGGUAUGUGUAUGUAAAGGUGUGUGUAUGUGUGGGUAAUGAUAUCAUUGUGCGUGUGUGUUAGUAGGUGUAUGUGGGUUAAAAUACUCCACUACCCCAAUAAGUUAGAUAACCCAGCAUCUCCACACAUAUACACAAUGUGAACUUUGUUCCCAGUUUUCCAGUGUUGUUUCUCUCAUUCAUACUGUUAUUAUUUUUUUACUCAUGCAUUGUACUAUCUGAUUAUUUUAUUAGAACUUGACAAGCCUUCAGAUAUGUAUUGUUAUUGUUUUGAGUUUUUGACUACUUUUUAAAAUAAAGUGUUUUCUCAUGGCACAAGGAAUGUUUCUGAAGAGUGUUCCUAAGUGGACGAAGAUAGACCCACAGUGUUUCCUCUAUGGCAACAAGAGCAUGCACAUCAAGGGUGAGCAUAGAAGAGCCUCUAUUGCUAAUGUUAAGGUGUUAAUGCUUAGGAAUGUUGGAAUGACUGAGGAUAACACACCUUUACAUACUCAUAGCAGAUUAGAGUGUAAUAGCUGCCAUUGUUAUUCUCAUGACAAACUAGC